CAUUGACCCUGAAUGAAGCUGCACUUUCAGCAAACUCUAAGAGGAAAGAAGUGAAAAACUUUAGGUGCUGCCUGAAUGACUAACCUAUGACUGGAGCUUUCAUCUCACAAGUUCGCCAUGGCUUCUGUAGCAUCAGUUCAGCAACUCUUGACCCCUGCAUUCACCGUUGAUAUCCAGAAAGUUGAAAAUAAUGCAAAACGAAUGAUUGAGCGAUGUCAGGCCCUGGGAGUUCAUCUCCGACCACACAUGAAGACUCAUAAAACUGUGGAAUGUGCGGAUAUUAUGACAGGGGGCUCUCGAAGGUGCAUCGUUGUCUCCACACUGGCUGAAGCACGUUUCUACACUGACCACGGCUUUGAUGAUAUCCUGUAUGCUUAUCCGCUUCCUUUUGACAAAGUGGACAUCUGUGCUAAGCUGGCAGAACGCCUGGAGAUGUUCCAUGUGUUGAUUGACAAUGAGCUGGCCCUGGCAGAACUCAAAAAGAGGCGACUGAAAGAUGGGAAGGCAUGGCUGGUCUGGCAGAAGAUAGACUGCAACAAUGGAAGAGUUGGGGUGCGACCUGAGGAUCCAGCAGCAAUGAUACUGGCAAAAUCAAUUGCAGAAUGUGAAGGUGUGGAGCUGGCAGGGGUAUAUGCACAUUGUGGGAAUUCCUACCAUGCAACUGGAUUGGAGGAGAUUCAAGCAGUAGCCCAGGAAACCACCACUGCCACCCUGGACUUUGUGCAGAAGUUAGAAGAGGCAGGUGUGAGGUGUCCUCGCUCAAGCAUUGGUUCAACACCCACCUGCAGUCACCCUAUACCAGACAUAGCUCGGCUCACUGAGGUCCACCCUGGAAACUACGUCUUUUAUGAUGUCCAACAGAUGAUGAUUGGUUCCUGUCAGAUGGAUGACAUUGCUGUGCGAGUGCUGACGAGGGUCAUUGGUCACUAUCCUCAUCGGAAUCAAAUGUUGGUCGACUGUGGAUGGGCGGCAUUGAGUUUGGACAGUAUGGGAAAACUGCCGACGGGCUAUGCAAUCAUUGAUGGUCAUCCUGAGCUGAAGUUGGUGGGAAUGACGCAGGAACAUGGGAAGAUUGAGUCAACCUCGGGGAAGCUGGAUUUUAACAAGUUCCCGCUUGGAAGCUUGAUCUCACUUAUUCCUUAUCAUGCCUGUGCCACUGCAGCAAUGCAUCCUGUCUACUAUGUGCACUCAGCAGGGAAGAUAGUAGCUGAAUGGAGACCAACACGAGGCUGGUAAGAACAAGGAGAUCACAUGAGGAGAGUCUACUUCAGUUUUUAUCCCUCUCCUGAAAGUGCGGCCAAGUUCCACUUCAACCAAAGCCCAGAAUGAAUCUGGACUGUGAGGAUUAACAGACCUAUUCCACCAUAAUUGACAUCAUAGUGAAUCACAUGAAAGGUGCUGUGCAAGCUACUCACUAGCCAUCUGCUUAAGAUCUUGGGUCUUUGCACCCAUGUUUCAGA